AUGAGUGAAACGACAAAAGCCCAACAUCAACAGCAGCAACCAUCCCAGCAACAGCAAAGAAAGAAAUUUGAAGGCCCAAAGAGAGAUGCCAUUGUGGAUUUGUCCAAAUAUAAGGAUUCUAAAGUCAGAGUGAAGUUAAUGGGAGGUAAAAUAGUUACUGGUAUACUAAAGGGUUAUGAUCAAUUGAUGAAUUUAGUCCUUGAUGAAACUAUUGAUUAUUUAAAGAAUCCAGAUGAUGAAAUUGGGACCGCCAGCUUGAAAAAUAAAUCUAGAUCCUUAGGUUUGACUGUUGUCAGAGGUCCAUUACUGGUUUCUUUGAGUCCCAUAGACGGUUCUGAAGUCAUAUAUAUGCAAAAUAAUGAUUAA